AUGACCAAUAAAUCCACUUUCCUGGUGGUUGUCCUUGUAGCCGUGCUUGCUACCUUUUGUAACGCCUCAGCGGUUGUAUAUCCACGAGACGAUACAGCAAUAGCCGCUGAUCAGAAUGUUGAGUUCGUCGCUUCAUCACGGAUAACGGAUCAUCAAAUUCUUGAAGCUUUCGAAGGAGCUGGUCACCGCCCGCUUCGAACCUGGGAUGACAACAAUGGUACCACAUAUCAGUCUCACUAUGUCUUUGACGAAGACGAGUGGAAUGCUAUGCACGACAAAUUGUGGCAGGCAGCUGGCUAUACUGGCACAGGGCUGGACGCGCGAGUUGCAUUCUAUUGCGAAGGAUUUAAAGGCGAUCCUUGGACCUAUACCUCAACUCUUGGAGUAGUAGUUGGCUCAAUCUGUGGUGGGUUUCAUUGGGGCGUAUCCUAUGCUGGCAAGGUACAAAUAGUCAAGCGAACCAAGAUUCGUCCCGACGGCCCUCACAUUGAUAAUCGGUACGGCAACGCGAUUAUCGUUUCAGCCAAGUUUAUCUGGAAGCUCUCAGCCUUUGCCGGUGCGAUUUACUGCAACAACGCCAUGAACUACGGCAUCUCGAACGCAUGCAGUGCCCAGAUCAGUGGUGACAAAGGGGAAGCCAAGGGUACCCAAGGAUUCCUCGAAAAGUACGGUGGGGGUGAUUUCGCUACGGUCGGCAUAAGUCUCGCAAAUGCUUGA